GUCAUCUGUUCUACAAAUUUGGCAUCACAGAGUCUGACUGGUACCGCAUCAAGCAGAGCAUAGACUCCAAGUGCAGGACAGCCUGGAGGAGGAAGCAGCGAGGGCAGAGCCUGGCUGUGAAAAGCUUUUCAAGGAGAACACCUUCAUCAUCCUCUUACAGUAGUUCAGGGAGUUCCCAGAUUUCAGUGUCAGCCUCUAAUGAGAUCCAGCAGAACCAGCCCCAGGCACUUCACUAUGCACUUGCCAAUGCUCAGCAGGUCCAGAUCCACCAAAUAGGAGAAGAUGGCCAAGUCCAAGUAGGCCAUCUCCACAUAACCCAGGUGCCUCAAGGGGAGCAGGUGCAGAUCACACAGGACAGUGAGGGAAACCUGCAGAUACAUCAAGUCCACGUGGGUCAGGAUGGACAG